UAGAACGCAGCAGCUAGGGCCCCGGCGCCAUGUUGGGGCUGAGGGGACGCUGGAGAGGCGCUUGAAGCGGCGGGAGCGGAGCGGGUGCGGGUCGGACCUGGGCUGGUAGGAGCCCCGCCCCUCCCGCCUCAGCGGAUCAUGACCCGGGCGGCGGCCGCGGAGGUCGCGGUGGCGGGGGACGCGGCGUGGCGGGGCCAGCGCUAGAGAUGAUGCCGUUUCCGGUGACCACCCCGGGAUCACAACAGACCCCGCCGCCGCCCAAGCACUAUGGCAUCUCCUCCCCCAUCAGUUUAGCACCCCCCAGGGAGACUGACUGCAUACUUACCCAGAAAUUAAUUGAAACCCUGAAGCCCUUUGGGGUUUUUGAAGAGGAAGAGGAACUACAGCGCAGGAUUUUGAUUUUGGAGAAAUUAAAUAACCUGGUAAAGGAAUGGAUACGAGAAAUCAGUGAAAGCAAGAGUCUUCCACAAGCUGUAAUAGAAAACGUUGGAGGGAAAAUCUUUACAUUCGGUUCUUAUAGAUUAGGGGUGCAUACGAAAGGUGCAGAUAUCGACGCGUUGUGCGUGGCACCAAGACAUGUUGAUCGAAGCGAUUUUUUCACCUCCUUCUAUGGUAAAUUGAAACUACAUGAAGAAGUAAAGGAUUUAAGGGCUGUUGAAGAGGCAUUUGUACCAGUUAUCAAACUGUGUUUUGAUGGGAUAGAGAUUGAUAUUUUGUUUGCAAGAUUAGCACUGCAGACUAUUCCGGAAGAUUUGGACCUAAGAGAUGACAGUCUGCUUAAAAAUUUAGAUAUUAGGUGCAUAAGAAGUCUUAAUGGUUGCCGGGUAACUGAUGAGAUUUUACAUCUAGUACCAAACAUUGACAACUUUAGAUUAACUCUGAGAGCCAUCAAGUUGUGGGCCAAAUGCCACAAUAUCUAUUCCAAUAUAUUAGGUUUUUUAGGAGGUGUUUCCUGGGCGAUGCUAGUAGCAAGAACUUGCCAGCUUUAUCCAAACGCGAUAGCAUCAACUCUUGUACGUAAAUUUUUCUUGGUGUUUUCUGAAUGGGAAUGGCCAAAUCCAGUGCUACUGAAAGAGCCUGAAGAACGGAAUCUUAAUUUGCCUGUCUGGGACCCAAGAGUAAAUCCCAGCGAUAGGUACCAUCUCAUGCCUAUAAUUACACCAGCGUACCCACAGCAGAACUCCACGUACAACGUGUCUGUUUCAACAAGGAUGGUCAUGAUUGAGGAGUUUAAGCAAGGGCUUGCUAUCACACAUGAGAUUUUGCUGAGUAAGGCAGAGUGGUCCAAACUUUUUGAAGCUCCCAGCUUCUUUCAAAAGUACAAGCAUUAUAUUGUACUUCUAGCAAGCGCGCCAACAGAAAAACAACAUCUAGAAUGGGUGGGCUUGGUGGAAUCAAAAAUCCGAAUCCUGGUUGGAAGCUUGGAGAAGAAUGAAUUUAUUACACUGGCACAUGUGAAUCCUCAGUCGUUUCCAGCACCCAAGGAAAAUCCUGACAGGGAAGAAUUUCGUACAAUGUGGGUGAUUGGGUUAGUGUUAAAAAAGCCAGAAAACUCUGACGUUCUCAGUAUUGAUCUCACCUAUGAUAUCCAGUCUUUCACAGAUACAGUUUAUAGGCAAGCGAUAAAUAGUAAGAUGUUUGAGAUGGAUAUGAAAAUUGCUGCAAUGCAUUUGAGAAGAAAGGAACUUCAUCAACUACUACCUAAUCACGUGCUUCAGAAAAAGAAAACACACUCGAUGGAAGGUGUCAGAUUGACAGCUUUGGAUGACGGCAGCCUCGACUUGUCUGUAGACAGUGAAGACAGCACGUCUGUGUCUUCACUUCCUGGCUCUGUGAAGACUGGCCCAGUGACUGGCAGCGCUCAGGGCAGAAGCAUUUCUGCCCCGGCUGUGAUGGCAGCAUCUGUGACCAGCGUACAGGUUCCUGAAGUUUCCUUGCAACAAGCAAAUCCCAGCGACAGCCCAGGGGGCACGUCCAGCGAAAGCAUCCCUCAGACUGCCCCACAACCAACUAUUUCUCCGCCACUGAAGCCCAUGGUCACCAGAGUUGUUUCCUCAACACGUCUGGUCAACCAUCCGCCCAGGCCUUCAGGGAGCGCAGCAGCAAACAUAGCUAAUCCUAUCAUAGGAGUCUAGAGGACAUUGUCACGUCACAAAGAAGAAAGGACCAAGGAAACCAAAACAGAGGAGGAAUGGUCUCAUAAAGAGACAGGUGCGACUCAAUUGGAAACUAUUCAGACAGCAGCUUCUCUGUUGGCCUCAUGGGGAACAUCCAGUGAAGACCUUCCCAGUAUCCCUGCUCUCCCUGCAAAUCUUAUUCCUAUUAUCAAGAAUUCAGUAAAACAGAUUGAACUGAGAAAAACAACCUCAAGGGUCCAUAAACAGUAUCUGCCAACUCAGCCUGCUGUCUUCAAAUGCUAAAGGAGAAGAAUGAAGGGUACCAAACUAGAUGUGGUUCAAAAUAGCUUUGUUAGGCUUAUUUGAUGACUUCCUUUAUUGGGCUAAUCUUGAUCAGAAGUCCAGGUUAGUAUGUGAAGCCAGAAGUACUGUUAAUGUGUCAGAUUAUUUAUGUGUCAGCCACGUUAAACGCUAACUAUUUCAAAGGACUCCUGCCCUUAAAGAGGAAAAAGAGAGAAAGAAAUCCUCCAGCUAUGUUUGUACCCAUGACUGACAUCGGGACUGGAUUGAUGUUUGAUGCGUUGUUGGGGAAAGUUUGCAGUACAGACUGGUAUCAGAAUUCCUUAUGCUGUUGAUGCACUUUAUAUUUUUAUUAGACAGUAGAACAAAUUUUAGAUUUUUCAGCUUGAUGAAUUUCAGUUUUUUCCUGAAGGGUGUUCUUCAUUAUUAAUCUUCAGAUUGGUUACCAUUGUGCAGUGGUGACU